GCCCGCGCCGCCCCGAUGGGCCGCGGCGGCGCGCGCGACGGCGCCGGCCACGCUGCGCCCCCAUGGCACUUGCUCCCGGACGAGGUCCUGGAGCACGCCUUCUCCUUCCUCCCCGCCGCCGCCGACCGCGGCGCCGCGGCGGCCGUCUGCCACGGCUGGCUCGGGGCCGAGCGCCGCUCCCGGCGCCGCCUCGCCGUCGCCAACUGCUACGCCGCCGCCCCGCGCGACGCCGUCGACCGCUUCCCCUCCGUCCGCGCCGCCGAGGUCAAGGGGAAGCCCCACUUCGCGGACUUCGGGCUGGUCCCGCCCGCCUGGGGCGCCGAGGCCGCGCCCUGGGUCGCCGCCGCCGCCGACGGCUGGCCGCUGCUCGAGGAGCUCAGCUUCAAGCGCAUGGUCGUCACGGACGAGUGCCUGGAGAUGAUCGCCUCCUCCUUCAAGAACUUCCAGGUCCUGCGCCUCGUCUCAUGCGAGGGAUUCAGCACCGCCGGCCUCGCCGCCAUUACAGAAGGUUGCAGAAAUUUAAGAGAACUUGACCUGCAAGAGAACUACAUUGAGGAUUGUUCCAGUCAUUGGCUCAGUUACUUUCCAGAAUCCUUUACUUGUCUGGAAACUCUGAACUUUUCAUGCUUAGAAGGGGAGGUCAAUUUCACUGUACUUGAGCGGCUAGUGAGCAGAUGCCGCAACCUCAAGACUCUGAAGCUCAACAAUGCUAUCCCUCUUGACAAGGUUGCUAGCCUUCUUCGUAAGGCUCCGCAACUAGUAGAACUCGGAACUGGCAAAUUUUCCGCUGAGUAUCAUUCAGAUCUCUUUGCAAAGCUUGAAGCGGCAUUUGCAGGUUGUAAAAGCCUGAGAAGGCUCUCUGGGGCUUGGGAUGCUGUUCCAGAUUACCUGCCAGCAUUCUACUGUGUAUGUGAAGGCCUGACAUCACUUAAUCUGAGUUAUGCUACUGUGCGAGGCCCCGAGCUAAUAAAAUUUAUUAGCAGAUGCAAGAAUCUGCAGCAAUUAUGGGUGAUGGACCUAAUUGAGGACCAUGGUCUAGCUGUUGUGGCAGGCUCUUGCAGUAAACUGCAAGAGCUGCGGGUCUUCCCGUCUGACCCUUUUGGUGCCGGGCAAGUUUUAUUGACUGAAAGAGGCCUUGUUGAUGUUUCUGCCAGUUGCCCCAUGUUGGAGUCAGUUCUCUACUUCUGCGGCCAGAUGACGAAUGAGGCCCUCAUUACAAUUGCAAAGAACCGUCCCAACUUCACUUGCUUCCGGUUAUGCAUCCUUGAGCCCCGUACUCCAGAUUACGUCACACGGCAGUCUCUUGAUGCUGGCUUCAGUGCCAUUGUGGAAUCAUGCAAGGGCCUUAGGCGCCUCUCUGUGUCUGGCCUUCUCACAGAUCUCGUGUUCAAAUCAAUCGGUGCAAAUGGUAAUUGUCUUGAGAUGCUGUCAAUCGCCUUUGCUGGGAACAGUGAUCUUGGCCUGCAUUAUAUCCUCUCUGGCUGCAAGAGCCUGAAGAAGCUGGAAAUCAGGGACUGCCCAUUUGGAAAUAAGCCGUUGCUGGCAAAUGCUGCCAAGCUGGAGACAAUGCGAUCCCUUUGGAUGUCGUCGUGCUCAUUGACCCUGGGCGCAUGCCGACAGCUUGCAGAGAAGAUGCCCCGCCUUACCGUGGAGAUAAUGAACGAUCCUGGACGAACAUGCCCUGUGGAGUCACUUCCGGAUGAUAGCCCAGUCGAGACAUUGUAUGUGUACCGGACAAUUGCCGGUCCAAGGUCCGACACACCAGAUUACGUCCAGAUUGUUUAAGGGUACAGUGGUGUAUUCAUUUUCAACCUGGAUUGGAUUGGUACCUUCAACACCUUCCUAGCAUAACGUAGAAUUUUUCUGUCAAGUAGAAAGGCUGGUGGUUGGAUGAAGAUGUCGUAAAAUCUCAACUCGGCAAGUGUAGGAUGAGACUGGAGGCCUUUUCAGGUGUUAAUAACUGUAGGAGGCUGGGUGGAUUACAGAAACUGCUAGAUAGCGUCAUGAGAAAACGUCGGUUUGUUUUCUUUAGCGUGUUUAGUUCUUUUAUGUAUAAAGAUAUGGCGCCAUUUUAAUCUUGUAUUGUACUGUACUACUACUGGAUAAACUGUACCUGGAGCUGAGUUUUUGUCACCCCUACUUUUUUGGCCCCUCCUUUCA